GGCGGACACAGGACGGGACGGAUCGACUCCGGAGCGAGUGGCGCGUCGCAACUUAUUUAAUUGAAAAUAACGACGUGGAAAGUUGCAUCGUCGCAUCGAGGGAAUCCAACCUGACAGCCAGAGAGAACAACCUGAGAGGAAGACGGAGGCCUGGGAGAGGUAUCGGGCAUCAGCGGAACAACUUUGCGAAUCAACGUAGCUACGAUGCAGUUACAACUCCGCUGCUGCGAAACAGGUUCGUCUUUAUUCAGUUGUUCCCUCAAACCUUGUCAACGCUACUUUGUCGACGGCGCGCUUUACCGGCACAACGUCGGCGACGUUAUCCCGGCGCGAUAGUUCGACGUCAGUCGGCAGUGACGAUUGUUUACACCAUGGCGUCUGGCGGUGAAAACGCGACCGAGGAACGGACGGAAGCGUCAACGCCGGCUCAACCCGUUGCCAAUGCCGUAUCCGAGACAACCCAUAAAGUAAUAGGGAUGGAUAAGGAUGGCGAUCUCUCCGGCAUACCAGCAAAGAAACCUCGUGUCGAAGUACAAUCUCUUCCAACCAGACAAUAUUUAGACCAGACAGUAGUGCCGAUAUUGCUGCAAGCUUUGUCCUGUCUGGCCAAAGAAAGGCCUGCCGACCCCAUAAAUUUCCUAGCCGGUUAUUUAUUGAGAAAUAAGAAUCAGUACGACAGUGGUGGCUCGCCGCCGACUAGUCAAUGAAUGCUUCCAUGUCUGCGCAUCCAUUUUAUGGAACAUUUCGUAAGAAAUCUGUUUCUGGAUCCUUUAAAUGUUUAAAUACAUAUUUAUGAUAAACACGUGUACUUUUGUAUUUUCGUAUAAAAUAAAAAUGUGUUAGCUUUUUACUGUAGGGACGGUAGUGACCUUUUAGUGAGAUAAUGUGGUGUUCUAAAAAAUGCAAUAUUAAAUUAGUUCACUUUAAAUAUUGACAUUAUUUUAAAUAUUGACAUGAUAAUAUUAUCGUUUUCUCUGAUCGAGCAAAUGUUAAAAAUAUCUUAAUUAUGAUAAUUGUUUUCAAAUUGAAAUUGUUUCCUAAAAUCUGUUAGAAUGUGUUAAUUUUUCUAUGCA